GAGAAAGGAAUAAAUCCGCCUCAUGGAGCAGCCGGGAGCAGUGCUGGUGAUGGGAGUGAGUGGCUCCGGGAAGUAGCUGGGAUGGAAAUUCUAUGAUGCAGAUGACUAUCAUUCUGAAGAAAACCGCAAGAAAAUGGGGCAAGGAAUCCCUCUUGAUGACCAGGACCGAGUUCCAUGGCUUUGCUGCUUACAUGACAUUCUGAUGAGAGAUUUGUCUUCAGGGCAGAGUGUGGUUUUAGCCUGUUCGGCUUUGAAGAAAAUGUACAGAAACAUUUUAGCGAGAGGGGGAGACGCCGGGACUCUGAAACAUGACAGCCCGGGGAGGAAAGAAGCACUACCAGAGGUAAAGUUCCUCGUGGCCUAUUUGGAUGGAUCCUUUCAUGUCAUCUCCAGCCGCCUUGCCCAACGGAAAGGACAUUUCAUGGCCCCUGAGUUGCUGCAAUCCCAGUUUGAUACUCUGGAGCCUCCAGCAGCACCAGAAAACUUUCUGCAAAUCAGCGUGGAGAACAGUGUCUCAGAAAUAGUUGCAGAAGUCGAGGAAGCGCUCAGAAAGAAGGGAAGAGAGUUUCAGGGUGGCUUGCCAGUUCCAAAUUAGCUUGAGAACGUUAAACCCAGUGGAAGUCCUACUGACCCAGUGUUGCCACUUUCUUCCCAUUUGGAACUUUCCAGUGCGCUGUGGGAGACUUGGGAUACCCUAAAGAAAUCCCAACCCUCCAAGGACUAUGGCCCAGUUGCCUUCUGAAAUUUUAAACUUUCAAUCCAUAUGUUCUGAUGGAAGUGGGGGCCCAAAAAGAUGAUCGGGACAAAUACCUUAAUAAAGAAAUAGAACGCUUUCAC